CCAGCAUAACCUUCUCCGACCACCUGUAAAACAGCUUACCUAUGAGCUUGGCCUUUCUACACGCCCAUGACGGCGCGGAACCGCACUCCGACGCGGUCUGGGCAGUCUCCUGGACGAACGCAGACACCGUCCUGAGCAUCUCAGCCGACGGCUCGAUCAAACAAUGGGACUCCGUCUCGGGCCAGGUAUCGCGCACACGUCCCCCGCAUACACUCGGCCUCGUCUCGCUCAGCGUGGACCCCUCAGGCAAGCAAGCGCUCUACAACACCUUGGAGGGCCUGACGUGUCUAUGGGAUUUGGACGAUGGGGAGCUUAAGGGAACGUUUGAGAGCUAUGCGCGUACCGCAGAGUCGACAGAACCUUCUUGGUCCGUGUCUUUGAGCCCCAAGGGCGGCUCGUAUGCUUCUACGGGCGGAACUGGAAAUGUCACCAUCCAUUCGGCAGAAGCAGAUUCGUUCGGCGAGCGACGCGCAACUCUUACCAGCGGCCGCAGCAAGUUCGGCAUGUACUGUAAACAUAGCCCAGACGGAGCACGAGUAGCUAUGUCCUCCGAGGCUGGCCAAAUCUACAUUUUUGACCUCGCCUCCAACGCUCUACAAACAACAUACAGCUCGCAUGCUAUGGGUGUCCGGUCCUUGGCAUGGUCGGCGGACUCUAACCUGCUUCUAUCCGCCUCCGAGGAUAAGCGACUCAUAUUGCACGAUGUGCGCGUGUCGGCGUCGGGCAAACCGGGGUCAGGUGCCGUCGCGACCCUGAGCGGCCACUCCUCAUGGGUCCUCAGCACAGAUAUAUCUCCCGAUGGACGGCUCGCAGUAUCCGGAUCCGCGGACAAGAUGAUGAAGGUCUGGGAUAUUGGGGCGCGGGCGGCGGUUUCCACUGUACAGGAUACCGGCGAGGUCUGGUCUGUGUCUUGGAGACCCAAGCCGCCUGCCCAUGGUACCGCGGGCGCAUUUGUCAGUGGAGGUGAGGAUGGGGUUGUCCGGUGGUGGAGAAGUGCCGGUGCGGGUUAGUUAGCUAUUAAUAUUGCUGGAGCAUCCUCAAGGUUCUGGUCGUGUAUUUGUUGUGAGAUCAAAAUAGGCAUUAGUGUGCUCGUGCUGUAUUUCGUCGUAGCCCAGACUCG